AUGGGGGAGUGGGCGUUCCUAGGCUCGCUGCUGGACGCCGUGCAGCUGCAGUCGCCGCUGGUGGGACGCCUGUGGCUGGUGAUCAUGCUGAUCUUCCGCAUCCUGGUGCUGGCCACGGUGGGCGGCGCGGUGUUCGAGGACGAGCAGGAGGAGUUCGUGUGCAACACGUUACAGCCGGGCUGUCGCCAGGUCUGCUACGACCGCGCCUUCCCGGUGUCCCACUACCGCUUCUGGCUCUUCCACAUCCUGCUGCUGUCGGCGCCGCCCGUGCUGUUCGUCAUCUACUCCAUGCACCAGGCCAGCAAGGAGGGCGGUGGGCCCCGGGUUGCCCCUCCCUGCGUACAGCGACCUGUGAUGGUGUUCCUUCUGAAGGAGCUCACAUCAACCGAAGUUCCCAACCCUGUAGAUCUGUACACGCACACAUCCCCACGCCAAGCACAUGGCAGGGCCCCAGAUAGUGAUGGAGUGGAGCCCAUCAUUGAUAUGAAAAAGUAUUAA